UGUUGCUUAAUCUGUAGGAGCGUUCAAAGGGUGAUCCAGGAGGCUGAAUUGAUAGAUUGUGUGAAAUAAACGUGUUAUCCCAUGUGAGAUUUCACAGCAGUCUAAUCACAGGCAUGGAGGGUCAUCACAUGCAUCAUGGUUCUAUGAUGAACAGCAGUGAUAUUUUAUCUUUGGGAAUGAUGAAUGCGACUGCUAUGAUGAAUGGUUCUCAGGCUUCUGGUUGUGGAGGUUGCCACACCAUGGACCAUGGACACUCUCACAGCAUGCACGACAUGCAGAGGGAAUCACAUGAUGGCCACACAGGGAUGAGCAUGGACAUGAUGCCAAUGUAUUUCCAUUUCUCCAAGAGUGCCACCAUUUUGUUUGAGAAGUGGGCAAUAAACAAUGCAGGUGGCCUCAUAGGAUCCAUGAUUGCCAUAUUCCUGAUGGCAGUUAUCUAUGAAGGCCUGAAAUACUACAGGGAUUAUCUGUUUCGAAGGGCAUCCAAUGCCAUUGUAGGCUCAGUGAGUUCGACGGAGUCCAAGGGCAUUGUCGUUCAACCGGCAUCAUCUGCAGAGAAUUUUGAUGCCAUCCCAGUUGCUGUUACAGCCAUUCAAACACGAAUGCUUGGUCAGCAUCAUCUCCUGCAGACCUUUCUCCACGUGAUUCAGUUCACUCUCAGCUACUUCCUCAUGCUCAUUUUUAUGACUUACAAUACCUGGCUUUGCAUCGCUGUUGUCCUUGGAGCGGGCGUCGGAUACUUCAUCUUCGGCUGGAGAAAAUCUGUAGUCGUGGAUAUCACAGAGCACUGUCACUGACUAUCUAACUGUGGUGUUGGGUAAGUUCAAGAAUUAGAUUGCAGAAUUAUGUAUGUUUGUAUUCUUGUGAACAUUCUGCUGCCUUUGGGACCAAUCGAAGGUCACGGCAUUUGGAUGGUGAAUUAUGUGUCUCCGGUGUCCCUGUCUCUGUCACUUUCUUCAUCUUUUGCUCUUUCUGACAACUCCCAUGGUAUGUUGAAUGCAAUGGAGUGCUAUCAAAACAAUAUUAUCUGUUACUCAAUAGUCAAAUGUAGUCCAUCAUGUUCUUUGUUUAGUCCUGUGGUAUCUUUGAGUGCUUUACAGAUGGGAAUGACUUUGUCAUAAGAUUACAUGUGCAAUUCUUGAAAAUGAAAAUUCAGAUGAAAUUUUCCUAAAAAGGAAAGAAAUCAGUGGUCGUGUAUUGAUGACCAUCCGAAGGCUGUUUUCUUGACUACAUCUGUGUGCUUUCAGGAUGACUGCUGUGGUAAUGCACAAAGAGGGCAUGACUUGCAGAGCAGAAAUUUAACAGUAUGAAUUCCUGUGAUCAUAUCCAUUUCGUUUUGAUUGAGAACUGCCAAGAUUAGAAGUGUGACAUUAGGAAAAUUGCACCCAGUUGCCUGUAGCCCAAGUUUAUCUUGGCAUCUGUAUUUCCCCAUUUGAUUUAUGCAGUUCAAACUUUAAUUUUCUUGUUUUUCAAUUCAGUUACUGUCUUUUGUGUUUCUGAUAGAGUACAUAAGCAUAGGCCAAAGCUAAAGGGCAUUGUUUUGCAAGAUUAUUGAAUGUGCCUCCAUGUAGUAUGGUUUUGCAGCUAUAUGAUUUUUGCUGUAAAUCUUGUGAAUUAAAGAAUUACUGUACCAAAGAUGGGUAGGUCUUCUUUGCUGCAUGAAACUGUUGUUCCCACUGCUUAGCUCUUGUGAUGAAGGGCAGAUGUUGAAUGUGCUGUCAUCAUUGGGUUUGGUUCUAUGGUGCAGAAGUCAAUAUUUUUGUGGC